AUGGCAGCCGAAGAGGAGGAGACCCACCCGAACGACAUCGACUCCCAGGACAUCACGGAUAGUGGCGAGGAGCCGGAGGAAUUGUUCACUCCAAAUGGAACACCCCUGCCUAGGGGGCCUCCUCCCCCGCAAACUGUGCAAGCAUGGCGACCGAUGAGCCACGCGAUCUCAAGUGCAGUGGCAAAUGAGCUGGCCUUUAGGGGGAUCCAUGUCAGACGCUCCCUGGCAUUGAUCACAGGGGACAUUUCCACCAUGACCUCGAUCCGCAUCGAUGUGCAGUGGCUAGCCCGGUCGCACCCGAACACUUUGCACUUCGACCAGCUCAACGAGGAGGGGGAAGAAGAGGAAGCAGUGGAAGAAGCCGCGGAGGAAGAAGCAACCACUGUGGAUGCCGGGGCUGGAGCCGUCGACACGGCCCUGGACACCUCUGGCCCGACGGAGCGGGAGGCGGCACUCACCCGCACGAUUGUGGAGGCCAUGGAGCGCGAUGGCCGACAAACUAUGACAGCGGAAGAGGAGGCCAGCCUGAUGCAUGAUCCUGCUCUUCGGGAUGUGAUCAACAGCCUGGACACGGAAGAGCGGGCGGCGAUUAGAUGGGGCCCUCCUACGACACCGACGACUACAGCCGUAUCCGGCACAGCGGGCUCCGGGGGCUACAGCAGUGGCACCAAAUACUCCACCAAACUUCACGGAUCGAGAUCGCGGUGGUGCAACGGCAAAGCCGAAGGUCCGAAGGAAGUGGGGGCCUCAUUUGACGGCCACAGUCGCGCUGUACUCUAUUUGCACAACCUUGAGUACCUGUGUGCGAACCUUACCUGGAAUGCCACGGGUGUCUUCAGCGGGAACAUUGCUCAGGCAGUGUCUGUCCAGCCUGCACAGGUAUGCCUUGGAGAGUCUUCGGCUUCUUUCACAAUCUGCCCUCUGGCUGAUGGCGGGGAUCCCGAGACCAAAUGGGCUGAGGACAAUUGCUGGAGCUCGGCGGACUUCCACUUUAUCCACUCUGCUGGACGUGGGAAGCUAGACAAGGUGGGUGGUUUGCUCACUAUUGUCUCGACCAGACUUGCUCGAAGAGACGACAUACAAUACCAAGGUGUCCACCCGGGACGACUUCUUCACGUCCGGGUUCAGACAGGCAAGACGCCCUUGGACAUCUUGAAUGUCUAUCAAUAUGCUGCCAAUGAUAAGCCCGACACACCCGAGUAUAGGCACAAAUUUCUUCUAUGCCUCCAACGGUGUCUUUCCAGCCUUCCUCGGCGUCACGCCCUUAUACUAUCCGGGGACUUUAACAGCACCUGUAGUCCAAUGCCGAAGGUCUGUGGACCACACGUGCUUCCGGUGGUGGAGUCACAUAAGUCGGACUACAUGGACCUGCUCCACCUCUGUGAGGCGCAGUCGCUAGUCGUUCUCAACUCUUGGAGAGCUCCAUCCGACGAUCACACUUUAGCUACAUUCACGUUCGGUAAGCUCAGGUCACAGAUCGACUACGUGAUGGUUAGGCAAAGCAUGGCUACCGCCGAGGCCAGAAAAGCUGGGGUCAUUCACAACUAUCCAGUGGCCAGCUGGAGGGAGGGAGCAAAUCACCAUGCAGUGGAGGCUACUCUUCCCCUUCCUCGGCCCCACUGGCUGUCCAGGCCGAAGCCACCGGUUGUUCACCAGAUUGAUGUGCAGCGGAUGAUCACUGACCUCAGGGCUGCCACCCAGACCACGGCGCUGAAAGCUUUCCGGGAAGAGGUGGCUGAGUCUGUCCAACCGGAUCUGCACAUGAUCGAUGAUGUGGUCCUUCAGGCAGCGCUCAAGUACUACCCCAAAAGGGCUCAAAAAUUUACGGCCAAGGGCAUCAUGGAGGCAUGGAAACUUUGGGCUCAGUUUGCCAAAGCUCACAAAAUCUACAAGCAACGGGCCCGAGUUCGCUCAAAGGUCAGACGGGAUGAAUUUCUACAACAGGCUCAACAAGCUGCGGACAAAGGCAACUCUCACGAGAUGUGGUGUGUUAUCAAGCGCCUAGCUCCCAAAAGUAGACACAAAAAGGUCCAGCUCUACAAGCAUGGCCAUCUGAUGACCCCCACUGCUGAGUUGGACUGGAUUGCGGAGGCCUUUGGGGAAAGAUUUGGGGCUCCAUUCUCCAGUGAACCUGGAGCACUGCUACGGCAGCACGCCCCUGUCCAACUCCAGGCUGACCAUGUGCUAGAAGAGCUCUCGCGCAUCCCUGUUCGCAAGGCCGUACCUCCUGGUGCUGUCCCAGCUAUUGCAUGGCGAGCAUGUGCUGAACAAAUCGUACAGCCUCUGGUCCGGAAGGUAAAUGCAGACUGGCGAGAGGAUCAGGUACAAGUUCACCAAGACUGGGCCAAGGCCGAUGUUGCCCUUCUUCCCAAAGGGAAGCCCAAUGCUAGCUCCCCACUGGACCUUCGACCCAUUGGUCUACAGCACCCGAUAGGGAAAACCAUCAUGAAGGUUGUUCUGUCGAUGGCAAAGGAGGAGAUGGUCACGAUGGUACGGAAGUGGCCUCAGACGGCCUACUUGCCAGGCCGGCGGAGCUUGCACGACAAGUACGACGGGAUCAAUGAACUUCUCCUACAGUGGCUCCGACAAGUGAUCUACGUGUUUCAUCACGGCCGGGAUUCAAGAUCGGCUUUCGACGUGCAGCUGCGUGAGAGCUGGUCGGGAGAACAUGCUGUAUUGUAUGCCGAUGACUCACACCUGCGGUGGCAGUUUUGCACCUUCAUGGGACUGGAAAAAUCCAUUGCGGAACUCAGGACCAUUCUGAAGAUCUUCGCUCGAUUUGGAAUGAAGGUGAACGAGAAGAAAACCCAGGCACUUCUGAUGGUCACGGGCAGCGAUAAAGGGAAAGUACACAAACACUACGUUCGCACCGGACACGAGGGCAAGCGUCUUCUACUUUCGCCGAAAGACCCUACACGAUGGUUGCCGUUGGUCACUCAGGCCCCUUAUCUGGGACUCAUCCUUUCGUACGAUCGGUUUGAGGCUCUCUCCACGCGCCACCGCAUCUCCAAGGCGAACCAGCGCAGAUGGGCUUUGGCCCCGGUCAUACACUCUCGUCGGCUUGGGGUAAAGUACAAGUUGCAGGUGUGGCGAUCCUGCGUGCAGUCGACGCUCCUCUACGGGUUACAUGCUUUUGGCCUGACACCCAAGCUGAUGCAUGAAAUCCAAGUCACUGCGAUGAAACAUAUCAGGGCCGUGGUUUCGGACCCCAGACAUGUUACGGGCCAUACUCAUCAGGAAGUUCUCGAAAAAUACAAGCUUGAGGACAUGCACACCCUCAUCGGACGUGCACAUGAUCGCGAACGAGCGGAUGGUGGGGACCCUGAUUGGAUGGCUCUGCCAGAAUGGGACGACCACAUCACUCAAUGCUUGCAGGAAGUGGCGGUGGCCACCUCAGGCCAAGAUCCGGACUCUGAGCCUGAAAACUGGGCGUGCCCGGAGUGCGACUCAUUCUUUAACUCGGCGGCUGCCUUGAAGAUCCAUGCUCGUAGGGCACACGGCAUCCACAACAAGCCUCUUCGUAUCUUUGAUAGAGCCCGACACGCCCUCAAAGGACUACCCACCUGUCGGUUCUGCGAACGAAGAUUUGCUAGAUGGCAAACGCUGGAGCAACAUAUCAAUGCCUUGGCCUGCCCCAACAUGCUGGUGGACCAAAAGGUAGACGAGCAUGGUCAGUCACUGAUGGAAGUGCGUAUGCCGAGCCUUGACCCUGAAGUAGAAGCCGAAACCGAAGAUGGCUGUGAGAUUGUUGCUGAUUCUGCACUCAACACUGAAAUUCCUGAAUCGCGGCCUCUUGCGCAACAGCUCUUGGUUCAACAAACUGCACAACAGGGUCUCCGAUUCUUCAUCCAGCAGCCUCAAAUCACGCGACAAUUACAUCAACAUUGCGGAAUUUGUGGACAAUGGGUUGCAUCGCAGAAGGUGAUGAAACUGCACUACCGAAACACCCACCCCGAGAUUUUUCCGGCUAGGCAGGGGGACAUCUCACGCAUCAUUGAACUGAGUGCUACCCCUAGCAUUCGCUGCCAUUACUGCGGAUCGUCGCCCAAGGACUGGAAAGCUCACAUGUACAAGUGUACCACCAUCUGGCAAUGUGCUGUGCUAUGCCUGCCCCAGGAAAUUGACCGUGGUCUCAGCUAUGUUCGGGAAUCCCGGCCAAGACUCGGAGAUGGACGAAUUCUUUGGGGCGGCGAGAAGCGGCGGAACAUGCAAGCUGGAGCAAUGGAUCAGGAGAUCAACCUGCUGAAACAGGACACGUCAUUGGUCCUAUGGUUCAGCCCGGGAGGCGACUCGAUCUUGGGCCACCUCUAUCGCACGGCAGUGGAGUUCAAAAAGAAACAGGCUGCCGAACCGACGUGGGGUAUGGCACACAUGCCGCUGAAGCAAGUGAUGGCUCUCUCGAUGUUUCGAGAGCUCAAAGACCGUCAUCACCGGGUCCUCAACACCAAGGAGCUGCUUCAACGAGCAGUGGAGAUGGGAUGGCGAGACACCCAGGGGUGGCAUUUUCAGCAGUGGAAUCCGAAGCUCAGGCACCUCGAGCUGGACAAAUCAAGGCCACAAAUUUCGGAUGUCGACAUGUCGAACAAACUGGAGCUUCUGACGGAACAUGUCAAGAGGGACGCAGUGCAUCGUUUCCAUUGCACCCGACGAUUGACCGAGACCAUGGACAGCAAGGCCACAUUCAAGCUCGAUCUUUCAGUCCGGAACAAGCAUGCGGAGGAAAUUUGGGACGUUCUGAUCGAGCUCCAGGGAUGCUGCGUGUUCCAGUUGAUCGGGUUGGGCUACAGAAAGGAACGACUGGGCAAAGGACCUCUAUGCCAGAAAAUUCAGGAGCAGCUCCGGUACUAA